AGGGCGCGACCGGCGGGCGGGGCGCGGCGCGGCGCGCGGCGUGGGCUCCUCCGCGGCCCUCGGCGGCCGCGGGCUCGGCCGGGACCAUGGCGCUGCGCGCCCGCGCGCUGUACGACUUCAGGUCGGAGAACCCGGGCGAGAUCUCGCUGCGCGAGCACGAGGUGCUGAGCCUGUGCAGCGAGCAGGACAUCGAGGGCUGGCUGGAGGGCGUCAACAGCCGCGGCGACCGCGGCCUCUUCCCGGCCUCCUACGUGCAGGUGCUCCGCGCCCCCGAGCCCGGCCCCGCGCCGGACGGCGGCCCCGGCGGCCCGGCCCGCUACGCCAACGUGCCGCCCGGCGGCCUGGAGCCCCUGCCCGCCCCGCCGCCCGCCGCCUUCCAGCCUCCGGGCGCCUUCCAGCCUCCGGGCGCCUUCCAGCCGCCGAGCACCUUCCAGCCGCCGAGCACCUUCCAGCCGCCGGGCGCCGGCCUCCCGUACGCCGGGGGCGCCCUGCAGCCGUCGCCCCAGCAGCCGUACGGCGGCGGCUACCAGGCCAGCCAGGGCAGCGACGACGACUGGGACGACGAGUGGGACGACAGCUCCACGGUGGCGGACGAGCCGGGCGCGCUGGGCGGCGGCGCGUACCCGGACCUGGACGGCUCGUCGGCGGGGGCCCCCGGCCGCUACCGCCUGUCCACGCGCGCCGACCCGUCGCUGGGCCCCCGCGGCGGCCCGGGGCCCGCGCCGCACCCGCCGUCGGGCGCCAAGAGCUCGGCCACGGUGAGCCGCAACCUGAACCGCUUCUCCACCUUCGUCAAGUCGGGCGGCGAGGCCUUCGUGCUGGGCGAGGCGUCGGGCUUCGUCAAGGACGGGGACAAGCUGUGCGUGGUGCUGGGCCCCUACGGCCCCGAGUGGCAGGAGAACCCCUACCCCUUCCAGUGCACCAUCGACGACCCCACCAAGCAGACCAAGUUCAAGGGCAUGAAGAGCUACAUCUCCUACAAGCUGGUGCCCACGCACACGCAGGCGCCCGUGUACCGGCGCUACAAGCACUUCGACUGGCUGUACGCGCGCCUGGCCGAGAAGUUCCCGGUCAUCUCGGUGCCCCACCUGCCCGAGAAGCAGGCCACGGGCCGCUUCGAGGAGGACUUCAUCUCCAAGCGCCGCAAGGGCCUCCUCUGGUGGAUGAACCACAUGGCCAGCCACCCGGUGCUGGCGCAGUGCGACGUCUUCCAGCACUUCCUCACCUGCCCCAGCGGCACCGACGAGAAGGCCUGGAAGCAGGGCAAGCGCAAGGCCGAGCGCGACGAGAUGGUGGGCGCCAACUUCUUCCUGACGCUGAGCACGCCGCCCGCCGCCGCGCUGGACCUGCAGGAGGUGGAGAGCCGCAUCGACGGCUUCAAGAGCUUCACCAAGAAGAUGGACGACAGCGCGCUGCAGCUCAACCACACGGCCACCGAGUUCGCGCGCAAGCAGGUGACGGGCUUCAAGAAGGAGUACCAGAAGGUGGGCCAGUCGCUGCGCGGCCUCAGCCAGGCCUUCGAGCUGGACCAGCAGGCCUUCUCGGCCGGCCUCAACCAGGCCAUCGCCUUCACCGGCGACGCCUACGACGCCAUCGGCGAGCUCUUCGCCGAGCAGCCCCGGCAGGACCUGGACCCGGUCAUGGACCUGUUGGCGCUGUACCAGGGCCACCUGGCCAACUUCCCCGACAUCAUCCACGUGCAGAAAGGCGCUCUGACCAAGGUGAAGGAGAGCCGGCGGCACGUGGAGGAGGGGAAGAUGGAGGCGCAGAAGGCCGACGGCAUCCAGGCCCGCUGCAACACCAUCUCCUUCGCCACGCUGGCCGAGAUCCACCACUUCCACCAGGUCCGCGUGCGCGACUUCAGGUCCCAGAUGCAGCACUUCCUGCAGCAGCAGAUCAUCUUCUUCCAGAAGGUGACGCAGAAGCUGGAGGAGGCGCUUCACAAGUACGACAGUGUCUAGUGACGACGCCUGCGCGCUCUCCAGGUCAAGGGUGGCUUCUGCGGCAGAGCAGACUGCUCAGAGCUGCUGCCCGCUCCCGCGUGGCACCGGCCGGUCUGUGCCGCAGCUGGGCCGGCUGUGUGCCGGCGCAGGGCAGGGCCGCGACACACAGUCACCGGACUGGACCGCAUUGUAGCUCAGUUACACUAUGUACGCCUACACUACCAUGUAACGGGGACGUGAUUAUACUAUUUGCCUUAUUGCUUUCUGGAGGAUGGGUCUUCAGCGCAGACUUGGCAGACCUCAGAGCCCGGCGGGGUCUCGGGGAGCCCCGGCCAGCCUGCCCCAUGCCUUUCCCGCCCACAGACCGGGGUCCCCGAAAUUCAGCCUGUUCUCUGUUUACAAACUCCGAUGAGAGCAGCUGUGCGACUUCGUGCCUUUAGACUCGGGUUUUCAUUUCCCCGCCCCCCUUUAUAAAGCAGCCACGACUUUGAUCGAAAGAGCGAAAGGCCGGUGCGUAUAGGGACAGACUGCUGGUGACGGCACGUGGCGCCGGGCGGGCGGAGGGGCAGCUGGCGCCGGCCGCCGUGUGAGCGCGGCAAAGGGCCCGUGCUCGUCCAGGACGUGCGGUCCGUUGGGGAGGCGACGGGGCACUCUGCUCCCUGCGGUGCUCCGUGUGGCCUCCCUCCCGCGUCCUGCAGGCCCGUGUGCGGGGCACGCGCACCCGCUCACCACGGAGGCAGGGCCGGCUCGCGGGACCAGCACAGAUUCGGGGAGGACGCUCGCUCUGCUAGGAGGGUUCUUUUCUUUCCUUUUAGCUUGAAGGUUUUCUUUCCUGCUCAGUGUGAUGUUUUCUAACGGAUCUACACUGUUAACCGAUCGAGACUCCACUGUGACUCACUCACUCGUUUACUUAAUCGACCACUUUUCAGGGAUGUCUGUGAAUUCAGUGUUACACGUGAUGCGAGUAGCGUUGACCUGAGGAGGGACCAGAAAUAACUCUUAUUCCAGAUGCUGAAGCAAGAAGAAUUGUUAUUUUUAAGUACUGAUAAGCCCCCAGGACAUUCAACAUUAAAAAUUACCUUAAAUCUAUUCUUUUAAAGAAAAUACAAAGGCUGACGCAUACCAAAAAGAUUCCAAAGCAGCUUCGUUUUAAAAAGCACAAAGAUUCUGGCUAGAAAUGCCGAUCUCCAUGUUUCUCAUCUUGCUGAGUUAAAUGCCGCCUGGUUGCGUUAGAGAUGCGAACGUCGCUGGAAGGUUAGGUUCCUGCUGUUUUUAGGAAGUGAGACUGCGCUGCCGCGGAAACCCUGGGCGUGGGCGUGGGAGCGCAGAGGCCCAGAGGCCGGUGUGAAAUGUCGGUGAGGCCAUUGAUUAAGGAAGAGGGCAGUUAUCGGAACAUUACUCACCAGCACAGUUACUCUGGAAAGGAAUCUCCUGUGGGUGGGGUUUUAAGAUCAGGGUCUCAUAAUGGUUAUCAACACUGUAUCCCUUAGGUUGUCUCCUGGGAGGCGGGCUGUGACCAAAUACAUUGUUCUCUAAGGAGUGACUUCCUCUCAUUGAUGGCAAAAUACAGUUUGAUAAGCAAAACCCAUGUGUGUAUAAAUAUUAAUUUUAUGGCAGAAGUUUGGAGAUUAUAAUUCUACCAUUGACUCUAAGUUUGGGUCUGUAUUGGACAAAUAAGCACUAUGCUUUCAAAUGAUUUGAAAAUCCGUUUUCUUUGCCUCUUUAUUUUGAUGGUGGUUUGAUUUUCUUUUUUAAAUCACUAAACUCAUGCUCUGGCAGCCUGGACACGACCUGAGGGGUCUUAGUGGCCUGUGCUUGGCCACGGCGGCCAGGGCUGCGAUGAUACGGACUGAAGACGAAGGCACAGGAGUGCGCUCGCGCUGCCGACCGGAGGACUUGCGUGCUCCGUGGCGCCCACGCCCCGUGCCGCUGGUUGUCGGAGGGUUCCGGUAGCUCUCUGGGCUCGGACCCCGGAGUUCCCGUGCUCAUUUCCACCCGAGGCUUUACUUCUCCAACGUUCUUGGUCCUGUUGAAACAUUUCGGUAUAGGAGAUACUGCGAUGUGAAUACCCAAGAGAAAAGCCAUCACGAUGUGUACGCUGGUCAGAAGAUCGGUGGUACCGCUUUUUAAAAUAAACUAUCAUGCCCUUCA